GACCCUGUCUCUUGGGUGCCUCCACAAUGUCAGGUGAGGACUCCAUCAGCACAUUGGGCAUGAUCCUUGGAGUGGGACUGUCACUGCUGCUUGUGUCCAUCCUUGGCUACAGCUUAGCCAAGUGGUACCAGCGCGGGUACUGCUGGGACGGGCCUAAUUUUGUCUUCAACUUAUACCAAAUCCGGAACCUGAAGGACUUAGAAGUGGGGCCACCCUUCACCAUCAGUGGCCACAUGAGCAGUCCAGAUGGUGGCUACAUGAAGUUCUCCAAUGAAAGAGUCUGAUGGAGAUGCAUCUAGCCUCUGGAGGUCAGGAGAGGUCCAGGCUAAUGUCUCCCAAGCACCUGCUUUGCUCAGUCUUCCAUGACCAACAUAAUCAUCUCGAUGCUUCUUGACCUGCUUUCACCUGCAUUCAGACGCUCCUUUGACAUGAAUGGAAAAGGUCUACUCAUUCAUGCAUUCACCAAAAGUUUGUUGGGUGCUCAUUACUAUGCACUACCGUUGACUGGGUGUAGAGGGCACAGACUUCCAUCAAGAGGAGUUCCUGCCGUCAAGGAGCUGGAAGGAGGGUUGCCAAAGGACCUUCUGUAGAAGCAGUAUACCCAGAGAAUGAACGACAUGGUCAGCUUCAACACUAUCUCCAUUUGACAGAUCAGAAGACUGAGGUCCAGACAGACUCAUUUGCAAAGAACAGUUCAUGCCUAGAACUUAGAGAAGCAGUCUUUCCAGUCCCUGGGCAUGCCCCUAGGGCCUCUCCACUCCCAAUAGCCUUGCUGUGGUAGUUGAUUAGUCUUAGUGGACCUUGCUGUGGUAGUUGGUUAGCCUGAAUGAACAGAUACCACACGCUCACCCUCCUCCCCUUGCUCCACCCCAUAGCAGGGUAUACAGCACUGGCUCUAUUACCUAUGCUGACUCUUUGCUAGCUUUGAAUCCUGGGUUCAGAUCUUCAAUGGCCUGUCACGGACUGAGCCUUCCCACCUCCACUUAGCAGAGUCACACACUCCACUUCUUUCCAAUGCGUCCAGCAGGAGUGUACCUAGCACCUACAAGGUAUUUCCCACUUCCCACUUCCCAUUUCAUUCUCACAGGAUGGCCACAUAGUCGUAUGUUGGAAGCACAC